AUGAAGGGCCUUGACUCCUGGGUGGAGCAUAGACUAGUGUCCUCUAUCUGUUUAGACUGCGCAUGGUCAUUCUGUCCAGCACAGAGAACACAGACUGGGGCGGGGGGGCCACGGGAAGGGUCUCACUCGCUCAUCACUGUCCCAUUACUCUGUCAUUCCACUCUGCUGGAGGACAUCAACUUCCCUGAAGAUUUCCCUGAGUAUAAGAGUGGAAAGCAGGUUAUUGGCUGGCUGCUGAACCAUGACCCGGCCCUGCGUCCCACGGCCAAGGAGCUCCUGAAGAGUGAUCUGCUGCCCCCGCCCCAGAUGGAGGAGUCGGAGCUCCACGAGGUCCUGCAGCACACCAUGGCUAACGUCAAUGGCAAGGCCUACCGCACCAUGGUCAACCAGCUGUUCUCCCAGAUCACCUCCCCCGUCAUGGACUACACCUACGAUAUCGACCUCCACAAGGGCAACUUUAAUUUCGACAGUGCCAGAUUGCAACCGUAUGUGUACGAAACAAUCACCAGGAUCUUCAAGAAACAUGGGGCUGUGUGUCUCCAGACCCCCUUGCGCCUCCCCAGUAACAGGAAGCUGUAUGAAGGCAGUGAGCCGGCCUGCUUGAUGGGCCACAGUGGCAUGCUGGUCACCCUGCCCUACGACCUCCGGAUUGCAUUCGCAAGAUUUGUGGCCAGAAAUAAUAUUACCCAUUUCAAGAGGUGGAGCAUUGAGCGUGUGUUCCGGCCCAGAAAGCUGGACAGGGCCCACCCCAGGGAGCUGCUGGAGUGUUCCUUUGACGUCAUUGUCCCCGUCACUAAUAGCCUGCUGCCUGACGCUGAGACCAUUUUCACCAUCGCAGAGAUUAUCCAGGAGUUCAGUGUCCUGCAGGAGAGGAACUGCCACAUCUACCUGAACCACACCAGCCUGCUGAAGGCCGUCCUGCUACACAGCGGCAUCCCUGAGGACAAACUGAGCCACGCAUCGAGCAUCCUCUGUGACGCCAUGAGUGAAAAGCUGACCAGGAGAGAGGUGGAGGCCAAGUUCUGUAACCUGUCCCUGUCCAACAACAGUUUGCAGACGCUGUAUAAAUACAUAGAGCAGAAAGGAGACCUGCAGGACCUGGUCCCCCUCAUCACCUCUCUGACCAAACAGAAGACUGCAGUCACCCAGCUGGCAAAGCAGGGCCUUAAAGACCAGGAGGAACUCACUGGCCUGCUCAGGAGACUGGGAGUCAAGCUACAGGUGGUGGUAAAUCUGGGUCUGGUUUAUAAGGUGCAACACCAUUGUGGGGUCAUCUUCCAGUUUGUGGCCUUCAUCAAGAAACGCAGACGCACAGUGCCAGACAUCAUGGCUGCAGGAGGGAGAUACGACCACCUGAUCCUUGAGUUCUGUGGCCCAGCAUCCUCUGCUCCUGUCCCUUCGACUGUAGGGGCCAGUUUGGCUCUGGACAAGGUCUGUGCUGCCAGCAUGGAAGAGCCGCCCUCUAUCAGUUCGUGUGACGUGCUGGUGGUACCAGUAGGCCACACCUCCAUGGGCCGAGCCAUCAACGUGGUCCAGAAGCUGUGGACAGCAGGGGUUUCUGCUGACAUUGUCUAUGACGUGUCACAGUCCCAGGAGACUAUGCUGGAGCCCUGUAGACAGGCUGGCAUCACCUGCAUGGCCCUUGUCUCAGACAAGGACGGGAACUACAUCAAGGUCAAGUCCUUUGAGAAGGAAAGGCAGUCCGAGAAGAGGAUUCCAGAGUCUGACCUUGUGGAUCACAUUGUUCAGAAAUGUCAGACCAAAUUCUUUGAGGAGAGAAAUAUCCGGGAAACCUCUGAGACUGUCUCUCUUCAGAACACCAAGGGGUCACUCGUCAAUGCCUCAGGAUCGUCAGAGCAGCACGGGAGCAGCGCCUCCAGUAACAUCAAUGUGUUACUUAUCUCACCAGAGGUGUCCUCCAGCGCCAGACGGCGCUACGAGACCCAGAUUCAAACCAGAUUGCAUUAUCUUGCUAGCAAUUUACAGAACAAGAGCAAUGCCAUCGAAGUUCUGGCUGUGGACCUGCCGAAGGGAACUCUCAUCAACUUCCUAUCAUUGGAGUUUGAUGGAGAUGAGCAGUUCAACAUCAGCAUUAAACGUCUGCUGUCACAUCUCCAUAAGCAGCGCUACCUCAAGUCCAUCUGUGAAGAGAUCCACUGCUUCAAAAUCCUAAAAUGGGUUGCUGUGGUGGUUUUGUACAGCUACAAGGACGACUACUACAAGAUUCUUCUGUAGCAGCUCCAAGCUGCUCCCAGCACAACAGGCUUCCUGUGGCGCUUUUCUAUAUAGAGAAACAGUAUCUGUUUAGAAAUAUGACUUUCCUUUUGAGACUGUGAACCUAAAGGUAAAAGUGAACUUUUAGUGUUAAAUUGUGAUCCAGUUACAAUCAGCUCUGAACCUCACUGCAUUUUGUGCUCCUCCCUACAACUAAAAGGCAAAAAAAUGGUUUCUAAUCUUCUUACUGUACCUGCUUUAAUGUGUAACGGUUAAUGUACAUUCUGAAGAGGAAUGUUUUUUUGAUUGCAGAUAGUGUUGCUAUAUUUCCAAAUAAAUGGCCAAUUCCAUAUUUUUAAAGUGACAUGAUGAGUAAUGGCAUUAAAUCUCAUAUUUUCCCUCA